UUCUUCAAUAAACAUAAACAAAGAUUGUCUCCUCAUUCGUUCCUUUGUGAAACCAUACAUCGAAAUUUCUUUCUAGACUCGAUGAUGAUUAUGCUUCAAGCGAAGCGUAUGCGUAUGGCCGAAUCAUUUACGGCCAAAAAUCCUGUGGUUGCCCUUAAUGAUAUCAUACCUGGUCUGAAAUACGAGCUCGUCCAACAAAUGGGACCGGUUCAUGAACCCAAUUUUUGCAUGAAAGUCACAGUCAACGGAGAAGUAUUUCAUGGAUAUGGCGGAUCGAAGAAAAAAGCCAAGCAAGCUGCAGCGUCAAAGGCGAUCGCCAGUUUUGUCCAGUUAAAGAAUGCACCUGCGCCAGUGUUCCAGCUCUCCUUCGACGUCGAUAUGCCGGACAUGGAAAGUGUAGAAGCUGAAGUUUUAGGAAAAAAUCAACCGAAAAUGGUUGCUGACCAAUGGGAGCCACAAGAAGAUCAAACUGAGUUAGUUCAUAAACUACCACUCAGAAAUCAAAGCAAUGAGAUUUUAAGUGGAAGUGAAAAACCAUUGCUGGCGGUGAACAAAAAUCCGGUUAUGCUUUUAAAUGAGCUGAGGAGCGAUUUGAAUUACGUUUUAAUUGAAACUGGCAACUCACCACUUACCAAACGAUUUGUUACGAAAGUGGAGAUUGAAGGAAACGUAUACGAAGGCUUUGGAUCUAGCAAAAAGCAGUCAAAGCAAGCUUGCGCCAAAAGUGCUCUUAAUAUGCUUUACAACUACAACUUCACUCCAAUACCUCAAAUUAUGUCACAUAUCGGCAUAUCUGGUGUCAGCGACAUCACAGAGCACGAUUUCCUGUCGCAGUCAGUUGCAGACCGAAUCGGAAAGCUUAUAAUGGAGAAAUAUGCUAUGCUUAUGGAUGACAAGCCACAACACUAUCGCCGCAAAGUACUUGCAGGCGUAGUAAUGACCAUGGAUGAAGAUAUGAACGAAAUGCACGUUAUUUCAAUUUCCACUGGAACCAAAUGCGUUAAUGGAGAACACUUGAGCAUUUCGGGAAAAGCACUAAACGAUUGCCACGCAGAAAUCAUCAGUCGGAGGUGCUUGAGGGAUUUCCUUUUAACACAGUUGGAACAUAUGUCAAGCAGCCAGUGUGACACCAUUGGUGAUGGUAUACCACUUAUACUCGAGCCAAAUCGACAUAGUCAAGGAUAUUUCACCUUAAAGAGAAAUGUACGUUUUCAUUUAUUCAUUAACACCGCGCCGUGUGGAGAUGCACGGAUAUUUUCGCCACAUGAGAAAGAAGACCAUCAAAGUUUUGACAAACACCCCAAUCGCAAAGCUCGUGGUCAGUUACGAUCCAAAAUAGAAUCAGGAGAAGGCACCAUCCCUGUUCAAACUUCAAAAAGCAUACAAACAUGGGAUGGAGUACUUCAAGGUGCAAGGCUCUUGACUAUGUCUUGCUCGGACAAAAUUGCGCGUUGGAACGUGUUGGGUGUACAAGGAGCGCUGAUAUCGAUAUUUACAGGACCCAUUUAUUUUCAUUCCGUGGUUUUGGGGUCGCUGUUUCAUCCACAGCAUUUACACAGAGCAUUGGUCGGAAGAAUUCAAAAACAAUUGGUUGGUUUACCUCCACCGUAUCGAUUACAUAAUCCGAAAAUGAAUCUGCUCUCUUCCACUGAGAGUAGGCAAGCUGGAAGGGCGCCAAAUUAUUCCAUGAACUGGACCAUUGGCUCAAAAGAGCCUGAAAUUGUUGACGCCAUGAAGGGGACUGUACAAGAGUCUGCACUUCCAUCUCGAUUGAGCAAAAUGUCUUUAUUCAAAAGAUGGCAGUCAGUGUGGAAGGAACAUCACAAGGCCAGUCAGUCGUCAAAUCUUAAUGAGUCGGUGGAACAUUACAGAUCGGCAAAGAACUUGGCAAUACAAUAUCAGAAUGCUAAGCGCCAAUUAUUACAAGCAUUUGUCAAGGCAGAAUUGGGAUGUUGGGUCCAAAAGCCAGUAGAACAAGACGAUUUUCGAUUAAAAUGACUCUUCAUGCUUGACAAUGUCAAUGAAUGUGUCUAAAACAAGCGAUAAAACCUAAUAAAACUCAAAUUCCAAACA